GUGGCCCUGCUGCUGCUGGGUGUCGCCCGCCUCCUCAGUCAGUGCCUCCUGGGUCAGAAGAGAAGAGGGCCCGAGCGGCGCUUCCCUUCUCCUCUCCCGCCUUUCUCUCUCUCUCUCUCUGCAAAGGAUGGUUUUGCCCGACGAAGAGCGCAGCGGAGGCGACGGCGACAGGCUCUUCUUCCGAGCCCCGCCGGAGCUGGCCCGCGACUCCCACGUCCCUUCCUUGGAAAAGUACCGGGACUUGUACCGCCGCUCCGUCGAGGAGCCCCACGAAUUUUGGGGCGAUAUUGCCAAAGAAUUUUACUGGAGAAGUCAACACACUGGAUCAUUUCUUCAGUACAACUUUGAUGUCACCAAAGGGAAAAUCGUUAUUGAAUGGAUGAAAGGGGCUACGACCAACAUUUGCUACAAUCUGUUGGACAGAAAUGUCUAUGAGAAAAAACUUGGAGACAAAAUAGCUUUUUACUGGGAGGGAAAUGAACCCGGGGAUUCUAUGAAGAUAACAUAUAGUGAACUGCUCAGUAAAGUCUGUCAGUUUGCCAAUGUUCUCCAGGAACAAGGUGUGAAGAAGGGAGACAGAGUCUCUAUCUAUAUGCCAAUGAUCAUUGAGCUGGUGGUGGCCAUGCUAGCCUGUGCCAGAAUUGGAGCACUUCAUUCUAUUGUGUUUGCAGGUUUUUCAGCAGAAUCCCUUUGUGAGAGGAUCCUUGAUUCCCAGUGCUCCCUUCUCAUUACUGCAGAUGCCUUUUAUAGAGGUGAUAAGCUGAUUAACCUGAAGCAGAUAGCAGAUGAAGCCUUGCAAAAGUGCAGAGAUAAGGACAACCCUUUACGAAGGUGUAUUGUGGUCAAGCAUUUAGGAAGAGAAGAACUGGUGCAAGAUGGUCCAAGCAGCAAGUCGCCACCUCUAAAAAGACUCUGUCAGAAUGUACAGGAGAAAAAGACUGAGAGCUCAAAGAAAGCCCAUCCCAAGAUCCCUUGGGAUCCAGAAGUUGAUGUUUGGUGGCAUGAUGUUACUAAAAAUGCUAGCAAGGAGUGUGAACCUGUCUGGUGUGACGCAGAAGAUGAAUUAUUUAUUCUCUAUACCAGUGGGUCAACUGGGAAACCCAAGGGUGUUGUACAUACGAUAGGUGGAUAUAUGAUUUUCACUGCUGCUACUUUUAAAUAUGUGUUUGAUCACCAUCCCGAGGACAUUUACUGGUGCACAGCUGACAUUGGAUGGAUAACUGGUCAUUCCUAUCUGACAUAUGGACCUUUGGCAAAUGGAGCAACCAGUGUCUUAUUUGAAGGGCUUCCUAUUUAUCCAGAUGUUGGCCGUAUGUGGAGCAUCAUAGAUAAGUACAAGGUGACCAAGUUCUACACAGCACCCACUGCCAUCCGACUCCUUAUGAAGUAUGGAGAUGAACCUGUCAAGAAGUACAGCAGAAAGUCCUUGAAGGUGCUAGGAACAGUUGGGGAGCCCAUCAACCCUGAAGCCUGGCUUUGGUACUACAAGGUGGUUGGUGAAGAGCGAUGCCCUAUAGUGGAUACAUUCUGGCAGACAGAGACUGGUGGCCAUGUGUUGACUCCACUGCCUUGUGCCACACCUAUGAAGCCAGGUUCAGCUACAUUUCCAUUUUUUGGGGUGGUCCCUGCAGUGCUGGAUGAGUCUGGAGAGGAGUUGGAAGGAGAAGCAGAAGGUUACCUGGUUUUUAAACAACCUUGGCCAGGAAUAAUGCGCACAGUGUACAAAAAUCACCAGCGGUUUGAAACCACUUACUUCAAAAAGUUCCCUGGUUACUAUGUGACUGGAGAUGGAUGCAAGAGAGAUAAAGAUGGUUAUUACUGGAUCACAGGUCGUAUUGAUGACAUGCUGAAUGUUUCUGGGCACUUAUUGAGCACGGCAGAGGUUGAAUCGGCUUUGGUGGAACACUCUGCUGUUUCAGAGGCAGCUGUGGUAAGCCACCCCCAUCCAGUGAAAGGAGAGUGCCUCUACUGUUUUGUAACACUGAGGGAUGGCCAUGAUUUCACAAAGAAUUUGAUUGAUGAACUGAAGAAACAAGUUAGAGAAAAAAUUGGACCUAUUGCAACUCCUGAUUAUAUUCAGAAUGCUCCUGGCCUACCCAAAACCCGUUCAGGUAAAAUUAUGCGGCGAGUAUUAAGAAAAAUUGCCAAAAAUGACCGGGAGCUGGGAGAUACCUCAACUGUGGCAGAUCCAGCUGUUAUAAACCACCUUUUCAACAACAGGUGUGAGACGAUACUGUAGCUGGACUAUUCUGGGGAAAAAACAACAGUAGUGCAGGAACUGGUGAGAAGAUGAUCCCAUCCAGACAAUGACUGUUUGUUCCUCAAGAAGAGAACUACCCUAUACUGAGCUGAAUGUAAAAUGCUAUUAAUGAAGAGAAGAAACUGGUGCUCCAAGGUCCAGUCCUCUCAUGUUGUAGAUAUAGCUGUCUGUGCCUCUGGAGAACUGUGUACAUUGUAUUGUAGACUGAUAAUUGCAUAUUUGAAAUUCCAGCCUCAUUCGGUUCAUACAGAAUGGAAAUAUUUUAAUUUUCAUGAGUUUGUUUCAUGAAUUUUGUUUUAUUUUAUUUUUUAAAUUUCAAUGUACAACAAUGGACAGAGUUUAGAAUGCAUUGAUAGUGGCAUGAAAAAUGGUUUUGCUUCUGAGCAGUCAUUACAAGCCUUCAAAAGGUUUUGAGAACCAAUAGACUGAGCAGUAAACCUCAUGUUGAGGCAGAAUUACUGGAAUAAAUCUUUUAGCAAUCCAGCA